AUGGAUGGGCAGGCUACUUGCAAGUGGCGCGGCACGGCGAGCGGGGUGGUGAGCGCGCCCGUGGACCGCGUGUGGGAGCUGGUGUCCGCCACGUCCCGGCUGCGCGAGUGGAUGCCCAUGGUGGAGUCGUGCACCGCGGUGGCCGGCGACGAGGGCGUGCCGGGCUACGUGCGCCUCGUGCGCGGCGGCCUCAUGUUCCCGCAGCAGGCGUCGUCGUCGUGGGUCAGGGAGAGGCUGGUAGCCAUGGACCACGCCUCCCGCUCCUACACCUACGUCAUGGAAGACGGCAACGUCGGCCUCGCCGGCUCUCGCAACACAAUCAGCCUCUUCGACUAUGGCUAUGGCGGCGCAAGCGCAACGCUGGUGGUGUGGAGCUUCGAGAUGGAGCCGGUGGACGGCGCCAACCAGGACGCCCUGCUCGACUACCUCCGCAUCCUCUACAAGUCCUGCAUCGACACCAUCCCCGCUUCGGCCUGCUGCUAG